AUGGAAUCGUUCAAACCAGAAGAUAGGAUGGAUUAUCCACAGGUACUAGAGGAGUUGACUAUGAUGUCUGGUGGGCUGUCACUUGCGUACAAGGGAUACCUAAUAUUCAUGGCCAAGUACGAAGAAGAGUUUGUGAGCUCUAACAUUCCCGACAUGAAGCUCACCUUAAACCAAUACUUCUUUCUGCAGUUCGCUAUGAACUUCUGCACGACGAAGAGCAAAGAAUACAAGAGUAUGCUGAACCUCACAGGCUUAGACAGUAAGCUUCGAAUUGUGGUUCCCAUGCAGAGCUCGUUUCGAAUGUCAAAAGACUUUGUUUGCGCGGAUACGAGUGUCCUGGGAACGCCUGACAAGUGUUCAAUUUUAUAGGAGCACGGCAAGCUGUGAAAUUGGGAAUUAGGAAAACAAACUUGAAGGUUAACCUCAA